AUGCCCAGCAGAGUCAUAACUUGUAGAACUUUGGUUUUGUCGGCUUGGUUAAACAAGGACUCCUCCCCGAGUGCUACUGAGAAACUAGAUUUGGAUGGAUGGAAACAUGUAAUGCGGUCUGCGCAGCAAGAAGAAGCCACUGAAAGAACAUCACAGAGUGAAGAAGAUUCUCCUUUAGCGGUUACUAGGGAACUUAUUGAGAUGUGGAGACUAUCGGGCAGACUUGUUCCAGAAAAUAUUAGCGAAGAAGAUUUCAAGACUUUAAAUGAAUGUCCCACCAAGAGUUCCAUAAGGAAGUACUUAAAAUUCUUGGCUAUAAAAGAAAACAGGAAGAAAGCUGACAGAGAAAAGAAAGAAAAACGAAACGAAGCAAACAAGGAACGAAUGCUAAACGCUCAGGAAAAUGCUCGUGGUGAGCUAGAAAAUACAUUUCUCCCUAAGUUUUGGACUAGGUCACAGGAUGCCGUGUACAACUGGAGAGCAGCCCAGUCUAUGAUCUUUGGUCAGCCUCUGGUGUAUGAUAUGAACUAUGAAAAUUAUAUGUCACGCAGAGAAAUGGAGAAUACAGUGAAACAGCUGAUGGAAUGUGAAGGGGCGAAUCGUAGAGCUUUGGACCCAUUUCACUUGCAUUAUUGUAAUCUCAAAGCAGGUGAUCCGUAUCACAAAGAAUUUGUCAAACGUUACGGAGAAGCGUGGGACAAGUUGUUUGUGACUGUGACAGAAAAGUCUUAUGUUGAAGUCUUUCCAAAAGAUCAACUUGUCUACUUAACUGCUGAUUCUCCCAAUGUGAUGAAAACAUUUGAGCAUGAUAAGAUCUAUAUAAUUGGAUCAAUAGUUGAUAAAUCAAUGAAGACUGGACUCUCCCUUGCUAAUGCAAAACGGCUGGACUUGGCAACAGCACGCCUUCCUUUGGAUAGGUGCUUGCAAUGGGCGGAGGGUGCCAAAAAUCUCACUCUGGAUCAAAUGAUGCGCAUCUUAUUAACACUGAAAGAUACUGGGAAUUGGAAGGAAGCUCUGCAGUUUGUUCCACAAAGAAAACAUGAAGGCUUUGUGGAUACGUCUUCCUGGUCAAAGCAGCAAAUUGACACAUGGAAGAAAACAAAGUUGCAUGAAAAAAUGGCUGGUCAAAGAAAGGCACACAAGCAGUUUGCACAAAAUUUCUCCAGGCGGCAAACACAGAAAAACUGGUGGGAAGAUGUGUCUUAA